AUGUCACGGCCAGCAAACAGAAGACCAGAGAAUCACAAAAUAGACUGGCAUUUGCCCAGCAUUUCAUCCUCUGCAUCAGCACAUCAUAUGAGUAGAGAGCUUUUUGUGCUCACCUACGGUGCUUUGGUUGCCCAGCUGUGUAAAGAUUAUGAACAGGAUGAAGAUGUGAACAAGUGUUUAGAUGACAUGGGAUACAAUAUUGGCAUCAGGCUGGUUGAAGACUUUUUAGCUCGCUCUGCUGUGAAGAAGUGCCGGAGUUAUUCUGAAACUGCAGACAUAAUUGCACAGGGUGCUUUCAAGAUGUAUCUGGGUGUUACCCCUAGUGUGACUAGCACUAACACCAAGGGCAAUGAGUUUUCCCUCAUUCUGGAUAAGAAUCCCCUGGUCGAUUUUGUGGAAGAAUUGCCAGCAGCACGAUCUUCACUUUGCUAUUGCAGACUCCUGUGUGGUGCCAUUAGAGGUGCUCUGGAAAUGGUAAACCUUGCUGCUGAAGUUACUUUCAUUCAGGACACAUUGAAGGGUGAUGAAGUGACAGAAAUUGGAAUUACAUUCUUAAAGCAAGUUGAGGAUAAAAAAAAGAAAAGAAAUAAGUGAA